GUUCAAGUCCAUCUCGUGCGAUCCAAAUCCGCGGCUUCUGGCACCUUCGCCCUUGUCACUAUUCUAUACGGUUUCCUCUCACACUCCUUGUGGUACCUCUUGAAGCUUUUCGCAUCCAAAGUCCUGCCUGCCUGCGUGACAGAUUACCGAUUGGUGAUAUCCAUCCAUCCACUUCUUACGCACAACAGUACGUGGCGGACAUUCUCAUAAUUCACUCAAGAGAAGAGGGACAUCCUUGCACCACCGGAGGUCUACAGCUCAUUGAACGCUCAUACACGCGACGACUUCCGCAUAUCUGCCCUUCUGCGCACCAGUUCUCUUCUCGUCUCUAGGCUGAUCCUCCAUUAUGGCGACCGAAACUACUGGAACCAACGGCCUGUAUGGCACAAAUCAAUAUACCCAGCCCGUUGAGCUCGCUGCAUCCGCCCCAUCUGCGCCAACUCAUGCCUCCUCUGCCUCUCAAAGUACUACCACCUCUACAAACGCUCAAAAGGCCGAUCCGCAAGAGAUCGGAUGGUAUUUCGUCGAGCAAUACUACACAACACUAUCAAAGAGCCCGGAAAAGAUCCACCUAUUCUACUCCAAGAAAUCACAGCUCGUUACUGGCGUCGAGGCCGAGAAGGUUGUUCCUGCUGUUGGCACAAAGGCCAUCAGCGACAAGAUCAAGGCGCUCGAAUUCCACGACUGCAAAGUCCGUGUCCUCAAUGUCGAUUCUCAAUCCUCCUUCAACAACAUCGUCGUCCAGGUCAUUGGUGAGAUGUCAAAUAAAUCCGAACCUCAUCACAAGUUCGUCCAGACCUUCAUCCUCGCCGAGCAACCCAACGGAUACUUCGUCUUGAACGACAUCUUCCGUUACCUUAGCAAUGAUGAGGAUGAGAUCGUCGAGGAUGAGCAGCAACAACUCGAACGGCCCGCUGAAGAACCUUCCACCCCUGCCACAGGUAUUCCAGACACUCAGACGAGCCAAGAAGAGACAGUUGUCACGGAAGCCGCUGCUGAAGAGGUUGACGAAAAGCUCGAGGAAGUCGAGCAAGAAGCAGCUCCAGCUGCUGAGACAGAGGUCAAUGGCGCACUUGUUCCUAAUGCCGCGGAAGAGCCAGCCGAAAAACCAGAGAGCGAGGAAACUACCGCAGAAGCCUUGGAGGCGGUGAAAGCUGCUACUCCAGCUCCAGAGGAACCAUCCGCUGCUGAAGCUAACCAGCCCGAGACCACUGCUGAGACUGCGACCCCACCAACUGCCGAAGCACCACCGGCAAAAAAGACUUGGGCAAGUAUGCUCGGCGGUGGCUCCAAAUCCCCAGCAAUUCCUGCUCUUCCUGUGACCACGCCUGCCACUCAACCAAAAGCGCCUCGCCCUUCGCAGCCUGUUCAAACAUCCAAAGCCCCAGCCGAGACUACACCAGCUGCAAACACCACCGCGAGCACUCCUACUUCGCAGAGCAAUGGCUGGCAGACAGCUGACCACGGCAAGAAGGGAAAACCACAGAACAAAGCUACACCAGAGGGCACAGUGCUCGCAUACAUUAAGAAUGUAAACGACAAGGUAGAUGCUCGAAUUCUUCGAGAAGUCCUUGAAAGCCAUGGCGAGCUCAAAUACUUCGAUGUCUCGCGACCAAGAAACUGUGCGUUCGUUGAAUUUGCUGAUCCUGCUGGCUAUAAUGCGGCUGUUGCUGCCAAUCCCCACCACAUCGGGUCCGAACAGAUCUACGUGGAAGAGCGUCGCCCUCGUCCGAAUGCUUAUGGAGGUAGCAACGCCAGCUACACUCGAGGUGGUGGUGCCCAAGCUGGACGCGGUCGUGGUGGCAUGCAAGGCGGCCGCUCUGGCAGCCAGACCAACUUUCCAAAGGAUGCCGGUCGCGGUAGCUUUCCGCAGAGAGGCGGCAAGUCCGGUACAGUGACUCCUAAAGGGCGUGGUCAACCUCAAGCUGCUUAAAUCAGCCCGACUCUUUGUGACGGGUCGAGGAACAUCCUCACCGACCCCUUUCCUGCCAUUUAUGGAUUAACACAGCGGUACAAAAGUGAUGGGAUGACCUUCAAUACUUUCUGCAACGGCGUACUCGGAAAAAGUUUUCCCCCGUUAUGUCUUCUGGCAAUGCAUUGUCAUGGCAUAGCGUACUUCGGAUUGAUAGCACGACCAGAUUCCCAUUGUUUCAGAGAUUGAUGGCAUGUAUCUGCAACCGAUUUUUUUCCAGUGAUGCACAGCAGCUCAGGGCCAUGGUCAGGGGCAAGCGUGUCUUUCAGCGAGGGCAUAUACUUUUUGUCUGCGGGUUAUUUCACCAAUUCUAGGAUUCUCCUGGAGAGUGGGGGUUGAAGCUGUACAUUAGUCUUUAUUAUUAUGAGACAUACCUGGGGUAAUGAUGACUGUUGCAGUUAAUGACCUUUACGGAGUACAUAGUAUGUCCUGUUUAGCUGAGGUUGGAGGUGCCAUG